CGUCGAUCGGCUUAUUUUAAUUUUUCGAUGUGCUCCAUAUGUUAAAGUGUUAAUUGCCAACGUUGUGACAGUGUUAUUUUACUGUUCACAGUUUAAAAUCAAAGCCGAAAACGAGACGAAAUGCAUGCAGCUUUCAAGUUGUAAUGAAUGUAUAUUUGCGGUGUAUAAACCAGUUUGGCGUAUUUGGGAAAAAAGUAGAGAUUAAAAAAAAAAUUAGUGGGUGCGGCUUAAAUAUACAAGGUGUGCUCAACAGACCGAAAAUAUAACGGUGCGCAUGAAACUGCCGGAGGGCCUGGCAACGCGCGGGACACCGUUGAGUCGACUAAAGCUGACGCGACUUUAAUUCAUACACAGUACGUGACGUUCUGCAUGACUGGUGGGAGUCAUGGUCAAACAUCACGGAUGUACACGAAAAUAAACCUCCGAGGCUUACGGAUCGUGAACCGGUUGCAUAUAUAUAUAUUCUGUGUCUAGUAAUUAUAACAGUUCCAUACGCGCUUUAUUGUUCCCUAUAUAUAUAUAUCCUUCUCAACGUACGGCUAUAAUGCAGACCCGGGGUUUCAAUAUCAUAUAUAGUAUGUACAGGAAACCUUCAUAUUUACGUUCUGUACAGCAUAUAAUGACUGCCAGUGUGUCCAAAGGUGAUGCAGCAAAGGUUGGAAAAAUUACAACGUACGAAGAGAGAGAAUUUAGAGUCAUCACACCACUGCCAGAGGUCGCACCUACAGCUGUGACAAAAAGUGACAUUCUCGAUUUUGGGGAGGAAGGAUUUUUAUUACACAAUCUUCUCACAGAAUCAGAGUGUAAUCAUUUUAUUACCGAAGGUGAAAAUGCUGGCUUUGAGGUGCUUCCUAUUGUGAAGGAGAGGUACAGGAGUUCAAAGCGGAUUGUAUUUGACAGUCCAGAACUAGCAGGUAUUCUCUGGGAAAGAAUCAAACCUUGGGUGCCAGUUAUCACUAUUAAUGGAAAUCCUCAUGAAAAACAUAUUAAUGGAGUCCGUGAUCUCAUGCAGGGCACCUGGCAACCCCUUGGGCUCAAUAAUAUAUUCCGACUAUGUCGUUACAUGCCUGGAGGACAUUUUUGUCCACACUUUGAUGGCUACUUUGAACACAGCUCUCAGGAACGAUCGUUGCAAACUUUUAUGCUGUACUUGAACAGCAACUUUGAAGGGGGCAACACUAAUUUUAUCCAUCAAAAUCAACGUCCAUUCAGGAAAGAUGGAAAGUACUGUGCUGAAGAGCAAAAUAUUCUCUGCAGUAUCCAACCUGAAGCAGGACUUGCAAUUAUUUUCAACCACCGUAGACUCCAUGAAGGUCAACAAGUCAAGAAUGGUGUAAAAUACAUUUUGAGAUCGGACAUCAUGUUUCGCAAUAUGGGUCAAAGCACCAGAACGCUUGGCUAAGGAAUAGCUCUUGGAUUAUUUAAGAGGCAGAAAGAAAACAGAUCAUGGAGGCAGCACACUUUUAUGAAAAGACAUUUGAGCUUUUCUUAGAUUCAUGUGGAAAUCAACCUUGGUUUAUCUGGUAUACAGAGGUGCACACAAAAUGGAUCUAUAAAUAUGCUGUUCAGAGUAAUGCACAACAAAAGCAUAGCUUUGCUAGAAAAUUUAAAAAGGAGCCAAAAUGAGUUUCUUUUGCAGAUCUGGUACCUGCAGAUUUACUGGAACGUAUUUUAUAAGCUUAUUGUUGUAAUGUACAGGUGGGAGAUAAGAUCUCUUCAAUAGAACUAAAACAAUGGAAGAUAAAAGACAUUUGUGUGGUUUCAUUUUUAAGAUUGAGGUGUAAUAUUUGGGUGUAAAAUUCUUACCGUUCAUAGAAACAUUAGUGACCCACUUGUACUGUGAUGGUAACUUUAUUUCCUUGUAUAUUUGCUUUUUCUCAUUGUGUAAUCUAAAUCAUUUGAAACAGAAGUGGAGUGAGGUUUUUGGUGCUCUGGUUGUUUUUUCUUCAUAAUAUUGAACUUUUCAUUAUAAUUUUUACAAACUAUGGUGAAAAUUAUAUAUAUUAUUAUUAUAAGAAAUGUACCUGUAAUGUGGAGGCAGAGUUAGGCAGCAUUAAUAUAAAAUGUAAAUCUGUCAGAUUAAGUGGGAGAAAUUUUAUGAAACCUAACAAACUUUUGCAUCAAAAUCUUCAAUCAUA